UGUCGUUCCCUUCUUACUGUGAAAAUCUAAAAGUAAACCUGAGACCUCCCCUGGCGAUCUCCCUUGGAUCAGCAGAAUGCCUACAUCUUCAUCGUGGCCGCGCACCUACCUCAACUGGAAGCGGGUGCUGCUUCUCUCGCUGAAGUGCGUCUACUUUAUGCUGGUGGUGAGGUUCAGCCAGAAGUGCAUGGAGAUGUCCGUUAAGAGCAAGCUGGCCCAGAGGCAGGGCAGAAAUGUACGAGAGGGAUCGCCGGGCAGAGGACUCAGAGUACUCACUUGAUGGUCACAUGACGAUUCCUAUAUGUGUCCCAUUUGGAGGAGCGGUGAAGCCGUUGAAUAAACGACAGUUGGGCAAUGUC